AUGCACGACGACCGCAGCGCUGAGCUCGAGAAGGGCAGUCCAACCUCUUCAAGUCCAUCGAGUCCAGCGGAGCCCAAGCCUCAAGCAUCUGGCCCACCAGCAGCACCCGAAGGAGGCACAAAAGCCUUCCUAUCGCUACUCGGAGGCUCCUUGGGUCUUUUCAUCUCAUUUGGAUGGGUCAAUUGCAUUGCUCUGUUCCAAGCUGAAUAUCAGACCAACCAGUUGAAGACCUAUAGCAGCUCGGAGGUGUCCUGGAUCACUUCGUCCGAAUUUUUCUUCAUGCUGUUCAUGUCACCGUUGUCUGGAUAUCUAUUUGACAACUAUGGACCACGAUUGCCCAUCGGUAUCGGUGGAUUGAUGCAUGUGUUUGGCCUCAUGAUGACCAGCGUGUCCAGCAAAUACUACCAAUUCUACUUGGCACAGUCGGUUUGCUCAGGAAUCGGCACAUCGCUCAUUUUCACGCCAGCAAUGACUUCGCCUAUGACUUACUUCAGAAGGCGCCGCGCUUUGGCAGGAGGAUUGACCGUUGCAGGCUCGAGUCUGGGUGGUGUAAUCUUUCCCCUCAUGGUCAACAGCCUCCUUUCGGAGGUCGGCUUUGCAUGGACGAUGCGAAUCUGCGCUUUCUUGAUUCUUGGGCUCUGGGCUAUUGCCAUGCUCACCAUCUCCUCCAACUUGCCUCAUACUCGCAAGGCGUUCAACCUUGCGAACUACCUUCGGCCUUUCACGGAAUUCAACUUCUUGAUCUUGUUGACGUUCUGCUUUUUCCUUUACUGGGGAUUGUUUGUCCCUUUCGACUACCUUGUCCUGUCCGCUAUGCAUAACGGAAUGUCAAUGACUAUGGCCUACAAUCUGAUUCCCAUCAUGAACGGAGCGAGCUUUUUUGGACGUACGAUUCCCAAUGGCCUUGCCGACAAGUAUGGCCGUUUCAAUGUGCUUAUCAUCAUGCUUCUUUUCACUGGUAUCAUCACUCUGGCCUUGUGGUUGCCUGGUCGCAGUAACGCGGCCAACAUUGUCUUCGCCGCUUUGUUUGGUAUCGGAUCUGGCACCACCAUUGGCUUGACACCGCCCCUUGUGAUGACUCUCUACCCACCUCAGGAGAUCGGGUUUCGAAUCGGGUUGGCUCUUGCUAUCGCAGGCAUUGGUACCCUUACGAGCCCUCCGAUUGCUGGUGCAAUUGCAGAGACAGAUGGAGGCUCUUUCCUCUUUGCGGCCUUGUUCAGCGGCGUGAACUUCAUGGUCGCGACAAUCUUUUUGGUGUGGCUGAGGGGUAGAGUUUCUGGUUGGAAUCCCCUCACAAAAGCUUGA